AUACUCAUGCAUUUGAUGCUGUUACCUGCCCUAUUCAAAUCGAACGCAAGUAUUACGAUUGAUAAAGCAUUGGUCCAGCCUGGUGGAAAGAAAGUGUGGAGACCUACCUCAGCUGAAUCCCGCAAUGGAUUCAUUCUGCAUGUGAAACACGCCAAUGACAUCAAAACUCAAUUAGAGAAACGUCAAGAAUUUAUGAAAAGUGUGGGCUGUAGCUGCCAACCACUUAUCGUUGUGUGUGGGUCAAAGCUUACCUCGAUCACACAUUAUCAACUGUCUAUUGAUAGCAUAAUCUACACAGUACCUGGUCCUCUGCAGGCUGUAGAUUACCUAUUUAAAGCCUUCCAGUCCCUGCACAGCUGGUACCCUGUAGAGGCAGAGCAGGUGUGGCUAUUUCUCCAAAGAGACGUAUAUGGUAUUGUAUCACAACAUGAUAAUAUCAAAUCAAGCUCAUUGACCUUGGCACAAGCUCUGCGAAAUAAUUUGAAGUAGUUCUAUGA